UCUCUCUCUCUCUUUUGGUCUGCAAAUUAACCAGCAAACAAGAAACCAAGAGAGAUACCUUGAAAUGGAACUUUCAAGCCAUGAAGAAGGAGAGAUUCCAAUUCCCUUAAACUCUACCUAUGCUCAUGGCCAUCCCCACAUGAUCCAUAAUGACCACCAUCAUCCUCAUAAUCAUAAUCACAUCAUCCCAUCUUCAACACCACUACCUCCUCCACCACCUCAAAUCCCUUCAAGUAACAAUAAUGGCCCCGCUUCCUCACGUCCAGAGGACCACCAUCUCCCAACCACCUUCAAGAAGAUGAUCCGCUAUCGAGAAUGCCUCAAGAACCACGCAGCCGCCAAGGGAGGCACCGCCACUGACGGCUGCGGCGAGUUCAUGCCUAGUGGCGAAGAAGGCACUAUCGAAGCCCUCAACUGCUCCGCCUGCAACUGCCAUAGAAACUUCCACCGAAAAGAAAUCGAAGGUGAGCAUCCAAACCACCCUUCCCCAUGUGAUUGUUUCCACAACCCUCACCAUUCCCAUCAUCAAAAUCUCAAUAGAGUUGGAAGAAAAUUAAUUCUAGGCCACCAUCAUCAAAAGAAUCUUUUGCUUCCGGAGGCUUUAGGUUACCCUACAGGAACGCUUAUUUCUUCAAGGCCUCAACAGAUGCUAAUGUCCUACAACAUGGGGUCGCUUCCAUAGGAGUCGGACGAGCAGGGGGAGGGGAGCGGCGGGGUGAUGGCCAGACUGACGCAGAUGGUGAAGAAGAGGCACAGGACGAAGUUUUCGCAGGAUCAGAAGGAGAAAAUGCUCAACUUUGCCGAGAAAGUUGGAUGGAAAAUUCAGAAACAAGAAGAAAGUGUGGUGCAACAGUUCUGCCAAGAGAUUGGAGUGAAGAGAAGAGUCCUCAAAGUUUGGAUGCACAACAACAAGCACAACCUCACCAAGAACAACAACAAUAAUAAUAACAUUAAUCAUCAUCCUGUUGCAGCUCCAACUUCAAGUGCUUAAUUAAAAUCAAUUAAUUAACCUAAUUAUUGUGGUUUAACCCUACUUAAGUACUAGCUUUAAAAAUUUCCUUACACUUCUUUUCUUUUUGGGUUGUAUUUUGUGUUUGUGUAUUGUUGAAAUUUUUAAUAAUAUUUGGUUGUUAAUUGGGUAGAUCUUCAACAAUCCUGUAUAAGUGGAUUGGUUGAUGAACUUUAUUUGUAUUUUACAAUACUAAGAUGU